AUGUAUGCCCGCGAGACGUGGCUUCUGCGAACAGCUGAUGUGAGACGUCUUCAGCGAAUUAGCAACAAAGUGAUUGGAAAACCGGUAUCUGGUUGUGUAGCAGCACCAUCGACUGCGCUGGCUCAGCCAUGUGCUACCCAUGACAAAACACCAUCCAUCGGAACGAGUUUUGCCCUCCGUGUCUUCUUCAAGCAUAAACAACACACUAGUCGACGUAUGACUUUGAAAGAGGGUGUGAAAGAGAAUACAAAGAGUUUGGAUGUUGUUUUUUUUAUUCGGUCGGGCGGUCCCAUUGGUUGUUCUUUUUAUCCCGUGUCCUCAUUCGCCGAUGCCCACGUGACUUUUGAACUUGGCAUCCCUCGCCGCCGUAGUCUAGUCGAUGUUGGAGUGACCUUUGUCCUUCCGAGUUCCGGUUGUGGCCUUUAUUGA